GCACCAUUGAGCAGUUAGGCAAAAACCCUAGCGCUCCUAUCAACCGAGACUACGAACUACGUAGUCGAGGUCCUGCUGUCUUGGGCACCGAGGUCCUUGACAACUUGGUAUCAGGUUCCAGGCGAUCCUCUUCCCCGUCCGCGCUCCAUCCGCAGCCCGCCGCCACCCCUGCGUCCGCGCCAAGCACACCUCCAUCGCCACCAUCCGCCGCCGCCUCGGUCACUUCCGGCAUGGCAGAACCAACCACCGCUGAUCUGGCCACGAUGAUCGAGGCCUUGACUGCAACGGUGGCGUCCCUGCAGACGUCCGUCGCCGCGCUCCAGAAGGACAAGUCUACCUCCUCGUCGAGCACUGCCGGCGCCCACGAUGGGCAGCACCACAAUGAUCGCCCGCCCCGGUUUCAGAAGAUGGACUUCCCCAAGUUCGACGGCAAGUCAGAUCCGCUCGCUUUCCUCAACAGAUGCGAGUCCUUCUUCCAUCAACAACGGAUCGCCGAGGAGGAAAAAGUCUGGAUGGCGUCCUACAACCUUGAGGGUUCUGCCCAGCUGUGGUACAUGCAGGUCCAGCGUGACGAGGGCACUCCGCCGUGGCGCCGCUUCUCCGAGCUGCUCAACCUCCGCUUCGGGCCACCUCUACGCGCUAACCCGCUGGGCGAACUAAUGGCGUGCAAGCGCACAACGUCCGUAGUCGACUUCCAGGAGCGGUUUGAGGCGCUCCUCCCCCGGGCAGGCAUCUUAUCAGAGACACAGAAGGUUCAGAUCUUCACCGCGGGACUCCAGCCACCCCUCAGCCUCGACGUGGAAAUCCACAACCCGCAGUCCCUCGCCGUCGCCAUGAGCCUCGCCCGCAAGUUGGAGCUGCGCGACCAGUGCGCGCUCACCUCCGCACCACCGGUGCGUUUUCAGCAGAAGGGCAUCCUGCCGGCGCCCGUACCACGCCUCGCGCCCCCCGUACCGGCUCUACCAGCCGCACCCCCUGCACCUAGUCUGCCGGAAGGGCGCCCAAUCAAACGCCUGUCACAGACAGAGAUGGAGGAACGCCGUCGCCUGGGCCUAUGCUUCAAUUGUAAUGAGAAGUUUGGCAGGGGCCACAACCGCGUCUGCCAGCGCAUCUUCCUCCUCGACCUGGCGCCGGACGACGACGACGAUGACACGGCCUCCGCCGCCGCUGAUGCCUCGCCGGCCGACCCUCGGAUCUCGCUCCACGCGAUCUCCGGCGUGCGCACGAGCGAGACCAUGCAGAUGCAUGUCACCCUCGGGGGUGUCUCCCUCCUCGCCCUGAUCGACUCAGGCUCCACCCACAACUUCAUCGCUGAGGAGGCGGCCGCUCGUGCUACACUGCCAUCCCCCACCACCGAGAAGAUGCGUGUCACGGUGGCCAACGGCGAGCGUGUUCCGUGCCAGGGCGCAUACCGCGCCGUCUCCUUCCGCAUCGACCAGGAGGCGUUCUCGGAGGAUUUUCUCGCCUUGCCGCUCGCAGGCUACGACGUCAUCUUGGGCACGCAAUGGCUGGCGACGCUUGGACCGAUCCUGUGGGAUUUCCGCGCCCUCUCCAUGACGUUCUGGCGGAGGGGCCAUCGGGUCUGCUGGCGCGGCCUUGCCGGACCGGACGGGCCAGCCCUGCAAUCAUGCAAUGGCCGCGAUUUCCUCGACGCCAUCCUCACCGAGUUUGACGGCAUCUUCGCCCAACCCUCCGGCGUACCACCACUCCGCAGCCGCGACCACGGCAUCACCCUGCUGCCAGGCUCCGCCCCGGUGGCCGUCCGUCCGUAUCGCUACCCGGCCGCGCACAAGGACGAGCUGGAGCGUCAGUGCGCCGCCAUGCUCGCCCAGGGCAUCAUCCGAGCAAGUCGUUCCGCAUUCUCAUCGCCGGUACUGCUGGUCCGCAAGCCCGACGGGUCCUGGCGCUUCUGCAUCGACUACCGCGCCCUGAACGCCAUCACCAUCAAGGAUGCGUUUCCAAUUCCGGUGGUGGACGAACUCCUCGACGAGCUCUGGCACGCUCGUUUCUUCACCAAGCUCGACUUACGCUCCGGCUACCACCAGGUGCGGAUGCGUGCGGAGGACAUCCCAAAGACUGCCUUCCGUACCCACGACGGCCUCUACGAGUUCCUGGUGAUGUCGUUCGGCCUCUGCAACGCGCCGGCGACGUUCCAGGCACUCAUGAACGAUCUGCUGCGGCCGUACCUGCAUCGUUUCGUUCUCGUCUUCUUCGACGACAUCCUCAUAUUCAGCGAGUCGUGGGCCGAUCAUCUUCGCCAUGUGCGCACCAUCUUUACCGUACUGCGCCAGCACCGGCUCUUCGUCAAGAGGUCCAAAUGCUCGUUCGCCGUCGAGUCGAUCUCCUACCUGGGUCACACCAUCUCCGCGGCCGGAGUGGCCAUGGAUCCGGAAAAAGUGCAGGCCGUGGCCGACUGGCCGCAGCCUCGCUCGGCGCGCGCGGUCCGGGGGUUUCUCGGUCUUGCAGGGUACUACCGCAAGUUUGUCAAGGAGUUUGGCGUGGUCGCCGCGCCCCUGACGGCCCUGUUUCGCAAGGACGGCUUCUCAUGGUCGCCGGAGGCGGCAACAGCUUUUACCGCCCUCAAGACGGCGGUCACCACGGCUCCCGUGCUCGCAUUGCCCGAUUUCACACGGCCGGGCGAUACACGGGGGCUCCGAUGGCUUCCCUGGGCCAAGUACAUAUACAACACCGCCUACCAGACAUCAACCCAAGAAACUCCGUUCAAGCUUGUGUAUGGCCGUGACCCUCCCACUAUUCGCUCUUACGAGCCGGGCGAUACACGGGUGGCCGCAGUGGCCAGGAGCAUGGCGGAGCGCGACGAGUUACUCGCAGACGUCCGCUAUCGUCUACAGCAGGCACAAGCGGUCUACAAGUCCUACUACGACAGACGCCAUCGGGACAUUCGGCAUGACGUGGGCGAUUGGGUCUGGCUUCGUCUUCGCCAGCGUGCCGCGUCCUCUCCCAACCUGCCAACCAGGGGCAAGCUCAAGCCACGCUUCUAUGGGUCGUACCGCAUUUCAGAGGUCGUCAACGACGUGGCCUACCGCCUUGAGCUUCCGGCACGCUCGCGCCUCCAUGACGUGUUCCACGUGGGCCUCCUCAAGAAGUUCUUCGGCACGCCUCCAACUGCACCACCGGGAUUGCCUCCGAUCCACAACGGGGCGGCUGUUCCAGAACCGGAGCGCGUGACUCGUGCACGACUAGCACGCGGCGUUCGCCAGCUGCUCGUCCACUGGAAGGGUGAAGCAGCAUCAUCAGCUACAUGGGAGGAUCUUCACAGUUUUGUCGAGCGCUACCCCGCUUUUCAGCUCGAGGACGAGCUGCUCGUCGAGGGGGGGAGAGAUGUCAUGUGGGGCGCUGCGGACAGGCGCGGGUCGCGCGCCCAGGGGCAGCAGCCGACGGCCACAGCUGGCGAGGCAUGA